UAUCAAAGAACUAACGAAACAAUACUAACGAAAAAAAAAAAAAACAAAGAAAAAUUGUGGCCUGUUUGCUAGAACUGAAGUUCAUAGACACCAAUAGCUUUUGUGAUGUUAAAAGCUGUUCCAUAGCCUACAUAGAAGUACAUUGGAAAAAGAGUGCAUAAAAGGAAGCAAUGGAUAAUCUAGAUAUCGCCCUUAACAAAGAGUUUGAUAUUCCCAUUGACAAUCUCGAAGUUUACCUCGAAAAAACCUGUGCUGCUGCUGCUGAACAACCUCUGGACGAUAAGAUAAUCCGUAUUCUGAAGAAGUUGUCGGCAUUACUUUGGCAGCGCUAUCAGAUAAGUCGCGCAGAAUGUUCUGAUUUGCAGUGCACGCUAUCCGAGGAGUUGCUUUUGAACUCAGAAAGACUUCGUACUUUAACAAUCCUCCGCCGCGAUGAAAAGAAGUAUCAGGACAGAUUGCAGAAGAAUUCGUGGUUACUGGAAAGGGUACGGGAACGUGGCAGAACUCACAUCCGAAUUGCUAGGGAAGCUCAAGAUCUCAAACGCUACGUGGAAGAACAAAAGGAGACAAUCGUUCAAUUGAAAAAAGAUAUCAGUCGUCUGAAAAAGAAGUGUGGCAGGCAGAGUCACACUUCAUCACAGCACCAUCGAGUUGGCUAGCCACAGUGCUCCAGUGGUUCUUCGAUGCAAUUAGGCAAUUUAUGAAAGCAAAAACUAGAGGAAAUAAAACGAAAAGCAGAAAAUUUAAAUGAUCCCGUGCCGCAGACUAUUCUCAUUAAGAAAGCAAUAAACAUAAUGGUGGAC